AUGGCGCCUCUCAGAAGAUCCAACUCGUACAUCCUCCCCGACCUGGAUUUCACGCUGAGACGUCAGUUCAAGAAGCUCAACUUCCGGCCUCAGCAGCGGGAGAUCAUCCAGGCUGCCCUUGAUGGGAACGAUGUGUUCGUGCAGGCCGCCACCUCCUUCGGCAAGAGUCUAUGCUACCAGCUUCCUGCCGUUGUCGACCAAGGGAUCACCAUUGUUAUAUCGCCACUGCUUAGUCUCAUGAUGAACCAGGUGGAAGCGCUGCGGGCUGCUGAUAUCAACGCCAGCUCCUUGAACAGUAACACGCCUGGCGCCGAGAAGGAUGCCAUCUAUAAAGACCUGCAGACGGGCCACCCGCGCACACGGCUGCUAUACGUCACACCGGAACUAUGCGCCCUUGACCGCUUUCGAGAUAAACUCAAGAUAGUCUAUAAGCAGAAAGAGCUCGCCCGCAUCGCCGUGGACGAGGCGCAUUGUAUUUCAGAAUGGGGCCACGACUUCCGGCGGGACUUCAAGCGUCUGUCCUGGUUUCGCGAGACGUUCCCCGACGUGCCCAUCAUGUGCCUCACAGCUACAGCCAAUACUGAAGUCCGGCAAGACGUGCUCUCCACGCUUGGUCUGGGCUCUGACGGCUCGGAUAGACUGAAGGUCUUCACCAUGACGGCGUACCGCCCCAACCUGCAUCUUGAGAUCCGCUUCACACAAGACCAGGAUGAUCAGCGCCUCGAAGACUUUAUCCAAUGGAUCCGUGGUGUCUAUGCGCGACGUGCUUCAGAACCGCGCAAAGCGGAGCUUGCCAAGGGCGAGCGGCUCGACAACGUCCCAGGCAUCAUCUACACCAUCUCUCGCGACGAAUGCGAGUCCCUGGCGGCUGCCCUGCGAUCCGAGGGCAUCGGUGCGCAGCCAUUCCACGCCAAGCUGUCCAAGGAGACCAAGGAACAGACUCUCGCGAAGUGGGUGGCCAACGAACCGGGCUACGACAUCAUCGUCGCCACCACGGCCUUCGGGAUGGGCAUCGACAAGCUGAACGUGCGGUUCGUCGUGCACUGGCGCCUGCCCAAGAGCUUCGAGGGCUACUACCAGGAGGCCGGGCGGGCGGGCCGCGACGGCAACGCCGCCUACUGCUUCCUGUACUACAGCCGCGAGGACCGCGACCGCGUGUCGAGCCUCGUCAUCCGCGACGGCCAGCAGAGCGGCAACGCCAACAACUUCCAGGCCCGCGCCGUCAGCCUGCAGAAGCUGGCCAGCUACUGCGAGACCACCAGCCGCUGCCGCCACCACAUGAUCUGCGACUACUUUGGCGAGCGGGCCGUCCCCGCCUGCGACUACGCCUGCGACUGGCACAAGGACGCCGCGGGCCUCCAGCGCCGCUGGCUCAGGGGGCUGGCGAGCGAGGAUUUCGUCAGCACGCACAGAGAAGAGGGCAUGUACAAUGUGGACUGGGACGAUUGA